CGUGGGCUGUGACGUCAUCCGAGCGACGCUUGAGUCUCCCGAUUUCACCAUGGCCGAAACUGAAGCUGAAUCAAAGAAAGUGAUCAAGCUGGUACCCGAGUAUCUCCUGAAGAAGAGGAAAGCGUACCAGGCCAUCAAAGCCACGCAAGCCAAACUCGCGCUGCUUGAGAAGAGAAAGGUAUCUAAAGGCAAACCGUUGAAGUUCAAGCGUUUGGAAGACUUCUUGAAAGCCAGCCACAGGAGGCACCGCGAUGACACCCGCAUCGAAAGAUCACAGCACAGGCCGCCGGCCCCUCUGCCUCCUGCCAAGAGCAAGCUGGCCUUUGCCGUCCGCAUCAGAGAGAUCAAAGGCGUCAGCCCCAAAGUGAUGAAGGUGGUCCAGAUGCUGAGGCUGAGGAAGAUCUUCAGCGGGGCCUUCGUCAAAAUCAACAAGGCCUCCAUGGCCAUGAUGAAGGUGGUGGAGCCCUACGUGGCCUGGGGAUUCCCCAACUUGAAGUCCGUCCGCGAGCUCAUCCUGAAGAGGGGACAGACCAGGAUCGGCAGGAGGAGGGUCCCCCUCACCGACAACAACUUCAUCGAGCAGCACAUGGGUAAAUACGGCAUCAUCUGCCUGGAGGACCUCAUACACGAGAUCUACGCAGUCGGCAAGGGUUUCCGGGCCGCCAACAACUUCCUGUUGCCCUUCAGGCUGUCGGUGGCUCGCCACGCCGCCAAGGACAAGGCCGGGCUCCUGAAGGACCUGGGGAACCCCGGAUUUCGCAACACGGGCAUUAACGCCAUCAUCCGGCAGCAGAACUGAGGGAGGAGCGCCGCAGGGCGGACACUCGGGCGCUAUGAGGAUGCUUGAGGAGCAAACGCCAACAACAAAAUAUUCCUUUUUGUUGUUGUUCCUUUAGCAGAGAAGCUCACGGUUUCACCCACAGUCGUAUUUAAUACACGUGUUUCUGUUGUGGUUACAAGCUGGGAGCAGAAGGACCUGAAGUGGAGUCUCAUUAACUUCCGUUUAAAAAAUAAUGUAUACCAUGUAGUGCCCCUGACUACGGACUGAUGGAAGCUGUUUGGUGAAAAAUAAUAUUUUGAAAAGAUAUUGUCUGUUAAAAGGAAAACUUCCCCCACAAAAUAUGUUUGUAUAUCAGUUACUGUGUUCUCACCUACCUCCACAGAGAAGAAUUCAAGGUGACAGUGUGAGUAGUUUGAUGUACAAAUGUAUGUUUUUUUUUUUUUUUUGUUUGUUUUUGGUUGAAGUAUUCCUUUUUAAAGGGUGCUUACUUGCGACGCGUGUUAUUCCUCAGUUUGUCAGAGGAGCGGAUCAGCACUGUGCUGGUAUAAUAUCACAGUCAUUGAGUAAUUAGGGAUGGGUCAUCCUGCAUGCAUGCAGGAGCCCCAUGCCCACCUACAGCUGAUUCAUUCACUACAUUCAGUAGUGUUCUGUGUGGAAACAUGUCUUUUAAAAUCAGUUUGACAUGGAUUUAUUAUUCACAGUUGAUACUUUUAUUUUUAAUUUUUAUUUUACAAUAAAUUUUCAAAAAAAA